UCAUGGGGCCAUUUUUGAUUGCCUGCCUACUUAUGUCUCUUGGGGCCGUGACGGUUGAGGGUACAUGUAACAUCUAUCAGAUGACUUCAAUCCAGAUUGACUUCUGCGACUAUGCCCAGGUUAUCAGCGACCUCGUCCCCGGGAUGGUUUCAUCUAACCAGCUCCAGCGCUGCAUCGCUAACAUGGACAGGGAAAUGUGCAGACCAGUGUUAGACUGCCAGAAUUCAGAAACCAUGAUUAAUGAAGCAUUGGAACUUCUCGAUCACAUCUUGGCGGACGAUUCGUGUACCGACCCAUGCACGUCGAACCCAUGCGUCCAUGGAUCCUGUAGUCGUCUGACCUCUCAAACCUACUCAUGCACGUGUCAAGCAGGAUACACCGGAAGUACUUGCAAUACGGAUAUCAACGAAUGCGAUUCGAACCCUUGUCAAAAUGGAGGAGCUUGCGUCGAUGGAGUCAAUUCUUUCACCUGUAACUGUGCGUCUGGCUUUGGAGGAGACAGAUGCCAAACCAAUAUCAACGAAUGCGCAUCGAAUCCUUGCCAAAAUGGAGGAGCGUGCGUCGAUGGACUCAAUUCAUUUACCUGUAACUGUGCAGCUGGCUUUACAGGAGAUCGAUGCCAAACCGAUAUCAAUGAAUGUGCAUCGAACCCUUGUCAAAAUGGAGGAGCGUGCGUCGAUGGACUCAAUUCUUUCACCUGUAACUGUGCGUCUGGCUUUGGAGGAGACAGAUGCCAAACUAAUAUCAACGAAUGCGCAUCGAAUCCUUGCCAAAAUGGAGGAGCGUGCGUCGAUGGACUCAAUUCAUUUACCUGUAACUGUGCAGCUGGCUUUGCAGGAGAUCGAUGCCAAACCGAUAUCAAUGAAUGUGCAUCGAACCCUUGUCAAAAUGGAGGAGCGUGCGUCGAUGGACUCAAUUCAUUUACCUGUACCUGUGCGCCUGGCUUUGAAGGAGAUCGAUGCCAAACUGAUAUCAACGAAUGCGCCUCAAACCCAUGUCAGAAUGGCGGAAUGUGCGUCGAUGGACUGAAUUCUUUUACCUGUAACUGUGCGCCUGGGUUCGAAGGAGACCGAUGCCAAACCAACAUUGACGAGUGCGCCUCCAAUCCGUGUGAAAAUGGUGCAUUGUGCGUCGAUGGACUGAAUUCUUUUACCUGUAACUGUGCGACUGGCUUUGAAGGAGACCGAUGCCAAACCAACAUUGACGAGUGCGCCUCCAAUCCGUGCGAAAACGGUGCAUUGUGCGUCGAUGGACUGAAUUCUUUUACCUGUAACUGUGCGACUGGCUUUGAAGGAGACCGAUGCCAAAUUAACAUUGACGAGUGCGCCUCGAAUCCGUGCGAGAAUGAUGCAUUGUGCGUCGAUGACCUCAACUCCUUUUCUUGUAUUUGUGCACCUGGCUUCAGGGGAGAUCGCUGCCAUGUCAACAUUGAUGAAUGCGCAUCGAAUCCAUGUGAGAACGGCGGAGUGUGCAUUGAUGAUGUCAAUUCAUUCACCUGCGAAUGUCCACUCGGCUUCGAAGGACCUACUUGCGAUAUUGAUACGGACGAAUGCAGUCAGCAACCUUGCGAAAACGGUGGCGAAUGUGUCAAUGAAUUUGGCGGAUUUAUCUGUGAAUGUGCCGAAGGAUUCGUGGGCGAAGUCUGCGAGAUUGAUAUUGAUGAAUGUUUGAUGGAACCGUGUUCAAACGGUGGUGUCUGCGUAAACUUACAAGGAUCAUAUGAAUGCAUCUGCGACCGCGGUUUCACUGGACAGAACUGCGAAAUUGUCCUGGUUGUCGGGACCGGUCCUUCAUGCUACACGGAACUCGACGGGUCGGACUACAGAGGAGAGGUUAAUACCACUGAUCGCGGUUACCCGUGCCAGGCCUGGGCAAAUACUCAUCCGAACCGUGUCGGAGAUUUGGAGCAUUACCUAUUCCGUGACCAUUCCAACUACUGUCGUAACUACCCUGGCAGUGGAAAGUCGGGUCCAUGGUGCUACACUAAUAUAGAGGGGAUAGAAUGGGAGUAUUGCAGUGAUGUUCCCACUGUCUCUGAUAUUUGCAACGACAAGCCAUCCGUUGAAGAUUUCACCGAGCAGAAAGCCUCGUUCGACGCUCUAACCUUGGAUUCUGCUUACGUUGAGGCAGAGUGCUACACCAAUCCGACUGGCACGGACUACUACGGGUACGUUUCGCAGACCGAAGACAACUUUGUGUGUCAGCGGUGGGAUGUCAACUAUCCUAACAAGAGAAACGAUGCUAAGAAGAGCAAACCACGACACAACAAGCUAGUCUUCGGAAGCCAUAACUACUGCAGAAACGACGGCACGGGUCCUGAUGGGGCUACCAAUAGACCAUGGUGCUGGAUCGCUGAUCCGGUCGCGAUCGAUGCUGGAAAGAGAUGGGGCUACUGUGAUACAGAGAAGUACCUGAGCGCCUCAUGUCCAAACAAAGGCAACCCUGUUGGCCAGGACAGAGUUGGGAUCUUCCCUGAGUGCAUGACCACCGCUCUCGGUAUCGACUACGCAGGCAGCGUGAACGUCACCGAGACUGGUUUACCGUGCAUGGAUUGGGCCGAUCUAAAUGAGGCCAACAAAUACAACGCCGCUUUCAGUGACCAAGGCAACAAAUGCCGGACACUAAGUGACAGUGACCAAUGGGGGCGCCCUUGGUGUUUCGUGACGACGAGCCUGAGCGAGAAAUGUCGGGUCAAGGAUCAUUACGAUCAAUGUUUCCCAGCCGUAGCUGCUUAGAUCCGUGGUCAGCGAUCUCGACAAACAAUGCCAAAGGA